AUUCCCCGUAAAGCUUUUUCUCGACAGGAGUUUGACCGUACAGAUUCCAUAGCUCGAAGUGUCAGUGAUCCAGAGUUUCGCAUCUUUUGAUCAGCUGUUUUCUUUUCUGUACUGGAACAGUGGAACGGCUUAUCAAUGCCACGAGCGCAACCUACACCUUCUACGCCUUCCAGCGGAAGUAAAACGCAGUCGAAAUUAACAUCAUUUUUCACUAAGACGCCGGAAACGACAAGCAGAAAGAAGAGCGAUGUCCAAGUUUCGCUCACAAAAAGUGCCGCCACGGUCUCAACGGAAUCUCCUGCACACCGCACAGCACCAGUUCCUCGUUCUCCACUGCAGCUUCCUUCGACCAAUCGUUCGUUCACUGCAAACGUUGAUGCGAAAGAGGACAGAGAUGUAGAAGAUGAUUCGGAUGGCGAACCAACAACAUCUCGGCGCGCCAGGACCAAGACUGCUAGACCAGUAAUCGACGACAGCGAGUCUGAAGUGGAGAAUGCUGUCGAAAAGGAUCCUGAUUUUUCCGCAGAUGAUUUUGAUCUGCAGUCCGAAAGCAGCGCUUCCGAAGGAGAACCCGAAGAGCAGGCAGUGACAGAGUCAGAGAAUGAAGACGCUUUGGGUGAAGCAAACGCUUUUAAGACACCUAAGAAGCGAAAGAAAAAUGAUUCCAAAAAAGAUGUGAAGAGACAGGCGGUACAAUCUUCCCGUGGCAAAGUAGUUUCUCGGUCAAAACAAACCACAGCCAUUUCUGCUAAAGCGGCAAAUGGGAAAACCAAGAAACAGAAGAAUGAUUCCGCGAUGGAUAUUGAUGAGACUGCCAAUUCAGAAGACAACGGGGACGAUGUUCAGGACGACGGAGAAGGAGAAAUAGUUACGAAGCACACUCAUGAAUCACUGUCAUGGUUGCAGCCAAAUGUCGCAAAGGAUAAAGAGGGAAAAUUACACAGAGAUCUGUUGGAAAACGGAAUCGUUCCACGAACACUGUCCAUUCCUCCAAAUUUUCUCGCCAAAGACUGCACGCCGGGUCUACGACAUUGGUGGGAAAUCAAGUCGGACAACUUUGACUGCGUAUUAUUUUUUAAAAUGGGAAAAUUCUAUGAAAUGUGGCACAUGGACGCUGAUGUGGGUGUGAACGAGCUGCAACUCACUUAUAUGCGGGGUGAUCAUGCACAUUGUGGAUUUCCGGAAAGAUCAAUGCCUCGGUACUUAAAUUUGGCUGUGUCGAAAGGGUAUAAGGUAGUUAGAGUGGAGCAGAUGAUGACUGCACAACAGCUGAAGGAAACGAAAAACAAGCAAAUGCCACGAGAAGUUGUUCGGAUCCUGACACCCGGCACCCAAAGCGUUAACACUUUGGACUGCGAAAGCGAAAAGCAGGGAACGAAUGCUUCGUGCCUGCUCGUGAUAGCGGAAAAGGUCCGUGCAGACAGCAGCGGCUCACAAGAGCACGAGUACGGCAUAUGCGUUGUGUAUCCUGGCCCGGGGAAUUUUUGGGUUGGACAGUUUCAGGACGACCGCUAUCAUUCGCGUUUGCGAACUCUUCUUGCCAUCCACUCUCCGACUGAAAUUAUCUUGGAACGAAACAAUGUUUCACCUGCUUUGAUGGAGUUACUACGUACCAACACAGAGACAGUGUGUCGAGAAUAUUUGGCUCCGAAUAAAGAGUUUCUUUCGGUUAAAGAGGCCGUGAAAUUCUUGUUGGAACGAGAAUAUUUUGGUCCUGUGAUGAAUCCCUCAUGGCCGGAAGUUAUACGUAGCAUGUUGGACUUGGAAGGUAGUAGCUUGCCUACACCGAAAGCUUCAUACGAUUUAGCCAUUCGAUCACUUGGAAGCUGUGCUUGGUAUCUUCACAGAUGCAAAAUCGAUUACGAUAUCAUUUCCUUGAAGAACUUCGAGUUAUACGCGCCGGCUGAUGGUAGCAGUGCCAAUGUUGUGAAGAAAAAUAAACAAAAGCAGAUGAUACUGGAUGGAAUGACGCUAAUUAAUUUGGAUAUUGUUCCUGGCCCCAGAAGUGAUCCAUCUUCUUGUCUGUUGAGGAAGAUUGACAAAUGUAAAACCAGAUUUGGAAGGCGCCUGUUGAAAGAAUGGCUGGUUGCGCCUUUGUUUCGUGUUGAAGAAAUUGAAGAUCGGCAAAAGGCUAUGGAAGAAAUUGCGACAUUCAGGCAGGAUCAUAACAACAUUUACGCCAGUGUCAAAAAAAUGUUACAGGAGUUGCCGGACUUGGAACGGUUGCUGAGCAAAAUCCACAUUGUUGGAUCUUUGAAGCGUCAUAAAGAGCAUCCCGAAACACGUGCAGUGAUGUUUGAUGACACUCAUUAUGGAAUUAAUAAAAUAAAGGAUCUGAUCGCCGCCAUUAAAGGAUUUGAUUCAGUUAUGAAUAUCAGCAGACAGCUCAGUAAAUGUUUUACAAAUGCACGCUCUUUGGUUCUUCGCCAGGUGAUUGGGUGUUGCACUGAUAGCAUUUUUCCCGAAGGUCAAAUUCCAGAUUUAACCAAAGUAUUACGGCAUUUCGAUAAAGCGUUUGACAAAACGGAGGCAGCGAAAGCGGGUAAGAUCGUGCCGUUACCUGGAGUGGAUACACAGUUUGACGACGCUUUAAAAGAAGAGCUAGCAAUAGCCGAUCAACUAGAAAUACAUCGCAUGGACGUUAGCAAGAAAUUGAAAUGCAGAACUGCCUACUUCCAUCAGGCUCGAAAUCGUUUCCAGUUGGAAGUACCGGAAGAUGUUAAAGUCCCUGGUAAUUUUGAACGGAAAUCUGGGAAGAAAGGCUUUAUUAGAUAUUGGACAGACGAAAUAAAAGAACUACUUCCCUCACUGGUGUCUGCGGAGGAGCGUAGGGAAGAGGCCGAAAAGGAUUGCACGCGGAGGGUAUUCGAAAAGUUUGACCUGCAUUACGCGGACUGGAUGUGUGCAGUUAAAUGCACGGGAAAACUGGAUAUCUUAUUCAGCCUUGAGGAAUACUCCAGUAAUCUUUUGCCAAACAGCUGCAUGCCAAAGUUCAGAGAAGCUGUAGCGGAGCAGCAGUCGUUCAUCGCUGUUCGUGACGGUCGGCAUCCAUUGGUAAUGACAACAUUUUCCAAAGGGGAAUUUAUUCCUAAUGAUACCUACAUUGGUACUGGCGAGCCAGAUCAGCCAUCAAGGACGGGGACUGUAGUUCUGGUAACUGGACCGAACAUGGGCGGGAAAAGCACUUUGAUGAGACAAGUUGGAAUUAUUGCUGUUUUGGCGCAGCUCGGUUCGAGAGUACCGGCAACUUUCUGUGAACUGACACCAGUGGAUCGUAUUUUCACUCGGAUCGGAGCUUCUGACAACCUCCUUGCCGGUGAAAGUACAUUUUUUGUGGAACUGAGCGAAACUAGCAGCAUCCUUCAGCAUGCCACGACCAACUCCUUGGUGCUGAUUGAUGAGUUAGGCCGAGGUACAGCCACAUUCGAUGGCACCGCCAUUGCGGCAGCCGUUCUCAAGGCCCUGGCUACUCGUGUGAAAUGCCGAACUUUGUUUUCCACACAUUAUCACUCUUUGGUGGACCGUUUCGGAAGCUGUCCGGAUGUUAAACUCGGCCAUAUGGCCUGUUUAGUUGAAAACGAAGACGAAAACAAUCCUACAAAGGAGACUGUAACGCUGCUGUACAAGUUUAUGGCCGGGGACUGUCCCAAGAGUUAUGGUUUUAAUGCGGCCCGUUUAGCUGGCAUUCCUGAUGAGAUUGUGACACGUGCUCGUAUUAAAGCCGUGGAAAUGGAAAAAAUUAUGCAGAUAGGAAAAGUAAAACUGGAUGCCUGAACUUUGGGGUUGUGAUAUAGUGUUGGACUGCCUUUUCGUUGAUACUGGUCCGUUUAUCUCAGAUUGAGCUGUGAAAAAACGCGCUUGAUGUCGUUAGUGACCGCUGUGCAAAAUUUGAACUGGUCAUUAGAAAGUGUGCAGUUGAUGGUACAUCUUCUCCUUUGUGUGAAUAGUUUCUAAUUUUGAAAUAUCUGUACAUCUUAUCACUGUACAUAUAAUUUUGAAAUAUCUGUACAUCUUUUGAAAUAUCUGUACAUAAUUAUACUGUGUUUCGUUUCGAAAUCAUUCAUCAUGAAUGAAGACUGAUA